AUGCCAUGCUGCCUCCGACCUCAAGACGCGCUCACAUUCUGGGUCCAGUCCAGACCUGCUCCGACUCCGAGGUUUAAGCCACAGGAAUCCACCCCACACGCAUGGCACCACCACCACAGAUCGUCCAUGCCGCCGAGGCAAGCCAGGCGGGCGCCAGCCAUGGACCUCGACCUCGCCGUGCAAGUCACCUGCCCGCCCGUGCCCGGCGAGGACUUCGCCUUCGUCACCACCGAGACCGACGCCGCCUUCCUCGUCCUCGCCCACCUCCCUGGCUACGCCAAGGAUGAGAUCGAGGUGCGCGUGGGCGAGGCCGGCACGGAGGUGGCGGUGGCGUGCGCGAGGAAGGACGCCUUCACGGUGGACGCCGCGGUGGGGAGGCUCCGUGUGGCGCACCGCCAGGCGGUGGAGGGGUUCCGCCGAGUCUUCGACGUGCCGCCGGGCGCCGAUGUGGCCCGGAUCACCGUCGGCUUCGACGAGGACGACGCCCUGCUCGUCGUCAUCUUGCCCAAGCUGCUGCGGCGGCGGCCGGACACGCCGGACGACGGCGACGGCCGCGACGAGGAGGAGGAGGCGCGGCUCGACGUCGAGAGCGAGAGCGACGACAGCGGCGUCGACGUCGAGGAGGAGCUCGACCUCGGCGGCGACGAGGCCUCCAGCCUCGAGCUCGAGCACGAGGACUGGAUCGACGUCGAGUCGAAGCCCGAGCCGCCGCCGCCGCCGCCGCCUCCGCCGCGCGACGUGCCGGUCGUCACGGAGCUGCCGGUGGUCACGGACGUGGCGGUGGAGACUCCGGUGCCGGUGGCCACGGACGUGGCGGUGGAGACUCCGGUGCCGGUGGUCACGGACGUGGCCGUGGAGACUCCCGUGGAGGUAGAGGAGGAGGACCGCAACGUGCCCGUGGAGACGCCGGUGGAGGUGGAGGCCGAGCCGCGGGUGGUCGACAUCGAGUGCGACGUCGUGUUCGAGCCGCCGGCGGAGCCGGAGCCGCUGGUGGAGACGCCGAUCGAAGUGCUCGGGCCGCCGCACCGCGAGCCCGACCCGCCGGCCGACGUGCCGCAGCCUCCAGUGGACAUACCCUGCGACGUGGAGUCGAAGCCGCCAGAGCCGGCCGUCGUGCAGGAGCCCGAGGAGCCGAAGCCGCCGCCGCCGCCAGCAGAAGAACCUGUGGAAGAGCCGCCGGGGGGUGAAGAAGAAGAAGAACGUGUGCAAGAUCCGCCGACGGAAGAACCUGUGCAAGAAGAGCCGCCCGCUGAGGCGCCGGCUGAAGAACAAGAACCCGUGCAAGAGCCGCAGCCGGUCGAGGCGCCGGCCGAGGAACCUGUGCAGGAGCCACCCGCCGAGGAGCCAGUGCAAGAGCAGCCACGGGCUGAGGCGCCGGCCGAGGAACCUGUGCAGGAGCCACCCGCCGAGGAGCCGGUGCAAGAGCAGCCACCGGCUGAGGCGCCGGACGAAGAACCUGUGCAGGAGCCACCCGCCGAGGAACCAGUGCAAGAGCAGCCACCGGCCGAGGAACCUGUGCAGGAGCCACCCGCCGAGGAGCCAGUGCAAGAGCAGCCACGGGCAGCGCCGGCCGAGGAACCUGUGCAGGAGCCACCCGCCGAGGAGCCGGUGCAAGAGCAGCCACCGGCUGAGGCGCCGGACGAAGAACCUGUGCAGGAGCCACCCGCCGAGGAGCCAGUGCAAGAGCAGCCACGGGCUGAGGCGCCGGCCGAGGAACCUGUGCAGGAGCCACCCGCCGAGGAGCCGGUGCAAGAGCAGCCACCGGCUGAGGCGCCGGACGAAGAACCUGUGCCGCAGCCGCCCACCGAAGAGCCCGCGGUGGAGCUUCCAAAGCCAGCGACGCCACCAGCAGCAGAGAGUUCGGGAGGGACGACGACCGAGUCGGAAGAAAGCAGCAGCUCUGACGGUGAGGGGAACAACCAAAACGGUGCCAAGAAAAAACGCGGCAACAAGGGAGGAGGAGGGCGAGGGCGGGGCCGGCGGCGGCGACGGCGACACGGCGGGUUCCGGCUCGGCUUGGUGGUCGGCCCUGCGCUGAUCCUGCUCGCGCUCGCGGUGGCCGCGGCCAGGCGGCGGCAGCAGCAGCAGCAAGGCCGGUGA